GCCGGCGCCAUGAGGAGCGGGGCCGUGGCGGGAGAGUCCCGGGCGGGGGGACAGGACCCUCCGCGGGUCUUUGGAGGCAUUGGCCGCGCGCCAGGAUCGGGCCCGUGCCGGGAUGAGGCCCUGGGGGGGGGGCCCAGCGUCCCCUCCACCAAUCUGCAGGUGCCAGGAUCAGGCCCCGCGUGCGCCCUCAAGUAUUUUGGUCUUGAGUUUGGGGCUGAGUUACCCGCGUUAAAAGACCAGGCUCUUGUUUAUAACCUUGCGAAGCUGUGCGUCUGUAACCUGUUGGUGGCACAGUGUGACAUCAAUUGCUGCUGCGACCCAGAUUGCGGCGCCGCAGACUUCAGCCUCUUCACUACGUGUUCAGUUCCUGUUGUCACAGGUGACAGCCAGCUUUGUAGUCAGGAAGCAGCUGUAUAUUCAAUUGAUGUUACAGCACACCCACCUGAAAGGAUAUUUAAAUUAAUUGACCAAUUCAAUCCAAACAUUUUCUGCAUUCAAACUGUAAACUAUAAACAAGCACUGUCUUUUAUUCCUCCUGAAACGCCAACAGCUCAAAAUUUUGAUCACUUGCUUGAACAGUUUGGAGGUGCUGCUUUCAGUGCUGAAUCUGAUAUUUUGAAUACUGAAUUGGAUGCACAGAGUCCCUUCUUCUAUUCAAAUGAAACAGCUAGAUAUGAGUAUGGUGUUCCUAUACAGACAGCCGAUGCAUUUCUGAGACUGCCCAGUCCCACUGUCUCCUCUCAGUGCUCUGAUGCUAAUCCUGCAGGUUUUCUAGUAAACCAGGCUACAAAGUGCAGUAGAAUGAUAAAUACGGAAAACUGUGGUGUUAUUCAAGAACUCAGCAUGCUGUUCUACACCAGCUCCCACAUUUUAGUGGUACCCAACUCAAGCCAGAUGGUGAAUAUCACUGUCCAGUCCAUAACUUUCCAGUCUCUGAAUGGAACUCGGACUCUACUUAACAGCACCGAUGCCAUUUUGUUCCCCAUGUUUUUGGGUGUUAACAUGUGCACAAACAUAGUUCUUGGGGCAAGUUAUCUUCUUACAUACACAGAUGCAGGAGAAAUAACAGAAGCAGCUGUUUCGUUUGUCCUGGGGACAAUUAACAGUACAGUGCUUUCAGUACAGCAGAGCUUUGAAAUUAGUUUUACUCAGCUAAACACAAAGCCAAUCCCUCUUAGUGGAAACCCUGGUUACAGCGUUGGAUACCCUGUAAGAGCAGGAUUUAGACCUCCCGGAUCUGGCAUUAUUCAGAGCACUAAUGAAUAUGGUCAGCUUACCAUCCUGCGAAGCACAUCUAACCAGGACUGCUUAGCGAUAGAAGGAGCCAGAACUCCUGUAUUAUUUGGUUAUAAUAUGAUAUCUGGUUGCAAACUACGAAUUACUGCAUAUGCAGAAUGCCAGCUCCUGGCUCAAACAGUCCUGAACAUACUGAAAGGACAAAGUUUUCCAGAAUAUGUAGCCUCAUUUGGCAAUUCUCAGCCCCAAGAUGUAUUGGACUGGGUGCCAAUCACUUACAUCCAUUCUUCAGAACAGGGCCCGUGCCAGCUCCCCAUAUCAUUUGAAAUAGAAGUGAAGUGGACUAAAUAUGGAUCCUUGGUCAACCCACAAGCUAAAAUAAUUAGCGUUACAGCAAGCAUCACUUCCUCCACACUAGCCCUGACUAAUUUAGGAAGCAAAAACACUCUCCAGAUAGCAAGUUCUGUUACUUUCAUUGAUGUUUCUGCACCUGCAGAGCCAGGCUAUAAAGCUCAGCCAACGAUUGAGGCCAAGCUGCCCUUUGACUUUUUCUUUCCCUUUGUUUAAAACCCACUUGCAGAAAAAACAGAGCGCAGGAACCCUACAGAGAACAUUCAACCAUGCUGGACCGACUUGGUUGUGGCUGAAUUACUUGUGCUCCUGUUUCAAAUGCACGCCUUGGUGCUGCUCUAAUUAGUAGUCAUCCACAUGAUUAAGUACCACAGCGCCUCUGGAAGACAGUGCUGCACAGCAGAGUGGUGGUACACACAAAGCAAAGAUGAGUAAAGAAGCUACUUUGAUGAGACUGAAGGAAAUAAACCAGCAGGUGGAUUAAGGAAAAACAGUGCUGAGCAGGAAAUCCCCCUAAAACAAGAAAUGACCUUCCACAGAUUGGACUCUUACCAGUUGUCACGUAGCACAAGCUCUCACCAGAUAUUGCAGUGCUACAAAGAUGCAGCAGAAAACAGCAUCUCCUUGAAAUCAAUGGUGCCCAUAAAGCUUUGUCAAGAUCUGACUUUAAUAAGGUGUGGCACAGCAUUACUGUACAGCUCUACAACAAAUGGAAUGUAGAUUUACAUGGAGAAAGUUUAAUUUUUCAGUAAACUACUGUAAAAUUA